CAGCUGCGGUUCUGGCGCAAUCCCCUCCCAUCAGCGGAUUCCAGCAGAACUGUGAUUCUGCGGAGCUAUCGUAAUGUGUAAAAUGGCGCUGUGUCUUUCAGAACUGGACAGCUCCCAUUAGGCUUAUUAAAGAGCCGUCUAAACAGCUUGAUUUGAGAUUAAAUCAAGCGGAGGACAAAGCCAUUAAAAUGAAUGACAGAUUUAGCUUUUCAUCGUAAUCUUGACAUUCUGUCAGUGCUCCACAGGACGUGCGCGUCGUUUGGUGCAGAGACCACAGAAGACCCUCAAUGGUGCCUCCGCAGAGACCUUCUCAAAAAGAAUGACCAAAGAAGAUUCAGAGGAACACAUCAAUGGCUCGCGAUGACAGACAUCGAUGAAAUGGACUGAAAUAUUCAACUUAACCCGUGGAUUUAUCCGUCUGUUCGGCAGUCUUUCUAUAACAUGGGGAGAGAGAGCACAGAACCAACGAAAGCUGUGUUUAAAACGAGAGAAUGACACGUUUGGACUGAUAUUAAAGUCUUUUAUUUAAUAUCAAAGCUGUUUUAAUGCUGGACUUCAUCUUAUCUUCAGCAUGCCAGCCUCUCUAGCAAUGCUGAUCAUGUCUGCGUCGUUUUUCAACCCGAGUUUUGCACUGAGCUCUCAUUUUGACUCAGAUGGCGCUCCUCUGAGUGAGCUGUCCUGGUCAUCAUCUCUGGCUGUGGUGGCUGUCUCUUUCUCUGGCCUCUUUACUUUUAUCUUCCUCAUGCUGGCUUGCCUGUGCUGCAAACGUGGAGACAUUGGUUUUAAGGAGUUUGAGAAUGCAGAGGGAGAGGAUUACCCAGCGGACAUGUCCACUCCGGCGUCGCCUGCAUCUCACGCCGGGCCUGACGUCUACAUCCUUCCUCUCACCGAAGUCUCACUACCCGUCGCCAAGCAACCCGGCCGAUCAGUCCAGCUGCUGAGGUCCAAUGAUCUUGGUCGCCACAGCUUACUUUACAUAAAGGAGAUUGGACAUGGUUGGUUCGGCAAGAUAUUGUUGGGGGAGGUCCACUCGGGUCUCAGCAGUACCCAGGUGGUUGUUAAGGAACUGAAAGCCAGCGCGAGUGUUCAAGAUCAGAUGCACUUUCUGGAAGAGGCACGACCGUACCGGUCUUUACAGCAUCCGGCUCUAGUGCAAUGCCUCACCCAGUGUACCGAAGUCACGCCCUAUUUAUUGGUCAUGGAGUUUUGCCCUCUGGGUGAUGUUAAAGGCUACCUGCGCAGUUGCACACUACCUGACCCCUUACUGCUUCAGAGAAUGGCGUGUGAGAUCACCUCAGGCCUACUGCACCUUCACAAAAACAACUUCAUCCACAGUGAUUUGGCUUUAAGAAAUUGCCUACUAACAUCAGACAUAAAUGUCAAGAUCGGAGACUAUGGACUAUCGCACAACAAGUAUAAAGAUGACUACUUUGUGACAUCAGACCAGACCUGGAUUCCUUUACGCUGGAUUGCCCCGGAACUGGUGGAUGAGGUUCAUGGUAAUCUGCUGGUUGUGGACCAAACAAAGGAAAGCAACGUCUGGUCUCUUGGAGUAACCAUCUGGGAGCUCUUUGAAUUGGGCAAUCAGCCAUACCGCCAUUAUUCAGACAGACAGGUUCUCAGCUAUGCUGUAAAGGACCAGCAAUUAAAGCUGCCCAAACCUCUCCUUAAGUACCCUCUUGCUGACCGCUGGUAUGAAGUGAUGCAAUUCUGUUGGCUUCAGCCUGACCAGAGGCCCACUGCGGAAGAAGUUCAUCUGCUGCUUAGCUAUCUAUGUGCCAAAGGUGCCAGUGAGGCAGAGGAGGACUUCGAAAGACGCUGGAACUCAAUGAGACCAAACACAAGCCAUGCUAAUCUACACGGAUCAGGUGCACUUGCCAUUGACAUGCCUAUGUCAUCCUCCAAUUCUUCAUUCCCACUCCUGGAGCAGUUCCCUACCGGAGAUGGGUACCACUCUGAAUCUGGAGAUGACAUCCUUACAGUUACUGAAACCAGCCAUGGCCUCAACUUUGAGUACAAGUGGGAACAGGCUAGAGCUGAACAGCACUAUCAUUCUUCAUCCACCACUGGCACUUUGGGUCAAGGCAAUCCUCAUUGUCAGGAGGUCUUCUACCCACCUGACGGAAUAGUGGGGGGCUGUGCAGUUGAAGGACUGGCCUUAGGGGUUUCCCCUUCGUACUACGACCCCAAGCAACUGCAGACCCCUGUUGUGGUACCUGUCCUAAGUGCUCACAGUCCAUCAGUGAGCAGUGAGUACUACAUCCGCAUCGAGGAACCCAUACAAAGCAAUAUUGAUAUGAAUUUCACCAUGUGUGCUUACAGUCCAGAAUUUGGAGGCAGCAAUGGGAGCUUUUUAACAGGUAGUGGUGACUCGGGGGAGUGUAUCAACUGUCCCUCUGAAACUAAGCCAGACAUGUAUUGGUCAGCAGAUGUUCAUAAAUGCAGUGCCUAUGAUUCAGACACCAGUCCUGCUAUGUCUCUAACUAUGGAGCCUCUUUUAAGCCACGGUAGCCCUCCCAGGCCAUGGGAGUCUGGUCACUACGUCUCGUACAAAGACAGAGAUGGAGGUUACUAUUACGAACCAUCACCGCCCAAGAGAAUGAACCCCUACCUGAUUGGAGACUCCGUUGAACCUCCACAAGAGAGCUGGGGGUCUCGAAGCCUAAGACAAGCUCUUGGAGAACUAGAGGACCCUUUAGGUGUCUCCCCAUUAGUCGGCAGUCCUCCGCAAGACUAUGCUGAUCCUUACUUGGAGAACGUUCAAGGUGCCAUUAUAGGAAAGAAUGCUACAGGAGGAUACUAUGAUAUGAUGGGCUCAUUGAGGAAGACAAUGCCAGGCAACCACUCAGUUUGUAUUGACAUGGCAUCAGGUGGAGCUAUAUUUGUAGGUCGAGAUGACAGUGAAUCAGAAGAAGAGGAUAUAUUUGUAGAGAGGCGAGGAAGGAGCUGGUCCGCCAGCAAACCGGCUAAUAACACAAGGGUGUAUCAGAGGCAAGGGUCUUGCGGGCAAGAAUCGUAUGCAGACUUCCACUACACAAUGCCGAUGACAGAUGUUGAAGAUACUUGGCCAGAAGAGGAAAGCUUGGCAUACCAUAUGGCCAAACCAGUUGACUACUUAGAGGCGACAGUUAAGAGUAACACAUGUUUGGUUCACGGAAGACAUAUACCUUCAAACCCUUCACCGGAGUGUAGCUCAUAUCUACAUAUGUGCCAUGAACCCAGAGAGGCUGAAGUAUAUCCCGUGCCAUGCUGUCAGGCUUUGAGCAGUUCACAUUUUGUGGAUCCUUUAACAGGGGCGCUUGUGAGAAACUGCUUUAUGAUCGACUGUGUUCCAGGGAAAAUCAUUGGGUUGACCCAAAAAGACCAACAUCCAGGUCAAGCACCUUUAUCUGCUGAACAUCUAGUCUCCAAAAUAGAGUCAUCAAGGGACGGUGUGAAACAAUUUGAUGUCUCGGAACAGUAUGUGGAUGUUGCAGUGGUGGGCACAAUCUCCAAACAUGAAAAAGUUUUGCAUCAAGAUACAGUUCCAGCAGACCCUAAAACUGAAGCCGUUACCGUCACACCACAGCUGGAGAAAACCCCAGCUGAAUUACCUAGUUUAGAACCAGAAUCAGAGUUUAGCAAAACUGUGGACAGUGGCGUGGAUCGUGGACGCUCUAGUAUCAGUCUUGUGGAGAUUGAUGACUGUAGCGAUGAUGACAUCACCGACGUAACCUCAGGGAUUUUUGGUGACUUCACAGUAGAAGUGGAAACCGUUGACUACACCAAUCCAACAUUCAAGUCUUUACAAAAGCAGGUCGGUACCCCAGACUCAAUGGACUCUAUUGACAUACCAUCUACAGCAUGUUCCAGUGAGAUACUCAGUCCUGCCUCGAUUCAUCCGUCUAGCUCUCCUAAAACUGUCGACAGUGGCUAUGACACAGAAAACAAUGAAUCUCCAGAGUUUGUCUUAAAGGAACCCCAUGAACCACAAGAUUCCAAAGCCUUAAUCCAGCCCUUGGUAAAGGUAACACCUGGGACUACAUUUGUCAGCAAAGAACAAGAGAUUGACAGUGCAGAGGCAGAGCAGAUAGAUGUUGAUAUUGAAAUUCCCUUGACUAAAUCUGAGAGCAGCGAUGGAGAGCUGAAAGCACUGAGUGAUAAAACUCCAUACAGAGAUUCAGCCUACUUCUCUGAUUAUGAUGCGGGCAAAGAUAAAGAAAGUGAAGAGGACAUCAAUGAACUUGAGGAUCAGAGAGAUGAAUCAGAAGAAAUUAUAAAUAUGGAGGAGCCGCUUCCUCAAGAGAAGAUCAAUGUAGAUGAAACUCUUUUGCCAGCUACAAAGGAGAGUGAAAAACCGCUUGAACAGACUGAAGACGUAACCUCCACACAAGUAGAUGAAAGUUCUUCUGCUGGUGACGCUGCAGUCAUGUCUCUCCCGUCUUUUGAGAAUGAAGUUUCAACGACAAGAGAUCACGUUGAUGCUGAAGAUCUUGGGAUAGAAUCCGAUCAUUCUGCUGAAUUUGAACAACCAGAAACUCAAAUAUUUGAUUCAGAUGCCUCCUUUAGUCCCAGUGCAAAGGAGGAACCUUGUAAACACGUAGGGAAUGAGGAAAAUCCUCUUGACCCACAAACCCCUGAAGAAGAUGUUGCAAACACCAAUGUGUGCAUCAACGAAUCCAUUCCAGAAGUUCUCAUUGAUGAAGAGAAUGACACAGUCAAUGACCUGAGCUGUGCCGUCAUGUCCCAAGAAGAACCAGUGAGCCCAGUGAAGGAACCCGAAAAGGAGGUUGUGGUAUUUGAAGAAAGCCAACGUGCAUCCGAUUCCACUACACAGGAGCAGCUAGAAUCCAAGAAUGAAAAUUCUGAAGAUGGUGGACGUAAAAGAAGCUCCUCACGUUCUUGCUCUCCUCCCCCUCCAUUAGAAGGACGGGCAUCUCCCACAGAUGGAGAGGAGGCAGAUGAGGAAGAUGGCGACUCGGAGGACAGCGAUGAAUCAGAUGAGGAGCUGCGCACUUACAGCAUUCAGGAGCAAAGUGAAGAAAGCGAGGACGAGAUCUUGCCUGUACCUAUUAUUGUGAGCGAUUGCAGCGAUGCACACAAACUCAGAAGCCUACUGAAGAUGCCAACGCUGGCCAGCGAUUCACUGUGUGAUGAAAUGGAGACCAAAAAGAAGGUGGUGUCCUUCUUUGAUGAUGUCACAGUUUAUCUGUUUGACCAGGAAAGUCCUACCAGAGAGCUUGCCGAUCACAGCUUUCCUCUUGGUGGAGAGUCAGGCAAAGCGAGUGCAAAGAGCAAAGUGCCAAACCUGCAGGAACGGGUCAAUGUCUCUGAUGAUUCUUCUGAUGGAAACAUCUCAGAAGAGAGUGCUGGGUUUGAAUGGGAAGAUGAUUUCUCCCUGUUACCCCUCCCCACAUCUUCCAAGGGGUCUCCGCCGGAUGUAACCACAAAGCCGAGCCUACCAUCCAGUAGCAGUAAACCUGUGGCUCAGGUCUCCCGUUUCACCGUCUCUCCAUCCAAUGUGUCACGUUUCUCCAUCACGCAUGUCUCGGAUUCAGAUAUGGAUUCUGCUGGAGGAAGCAGUGACGAUGGGGAAAAGGAGUAGAUCAUCAUUCUACUGCCAACAGAGAGCUGCACUCACAGACCCCUUAUUUACUUUUGCUUUUUUGAAUGAGGACAACAAAGUGUAAAGGUUGCAUUUCCUACAGUAUUUGGAUUCCCUCAAAGACUGUGCCUCUGCACAUUAUCAAUCUCUUUAGAAAAACCACCCGAACAAAGACAGAUCAUACACACAAUCUUUCUUAAGAUGAAGCAUUUUCAAUUGAAGUUUGGAUGGAUCUGGUUAGUAUGGAGCUACUGGAAAUCAACUGUGACUGUUUGACAAAACAUCAGAUAUUGUCAUUUUGGAACGUGUUCAGAAGACACUAAAGCAUGGCUGCAUCACAAACCGACAAGAAGAUGAGCAAAAUGCAACAAAACUGAUUUUUUGCUGUGAAGUAGCAAUGCAGUAGUGUCUUUCUAGACGAAUGAAGGAUUUUUAAAAAAGUUGGUAAUUAACUGUGGGUUUCUAUGACUAAAAAUAAGUUUAUCACACACGGCCUUGUGUUUGUCACCUACCCAGAGUAGCAUAGUGUUAUGGUGAUGUGGCAAUCUGAAACCAGUUUUGAGUUUAUUACAGAUUUCAAUUUGUUUUCUUUUGAGCAUUGAAUUGCUUAGUGUAUGUUUUUAGCUGUUUUCUGUAUUUAUUUGUCAUUCAUUUAAGGCAGAUUAUUUGAUUGCAGUAUCCCAGUUUGGAGACCAAAUUUAAACAUUUAAAACGUUUUAAACGUUUAAAAAGUCAGCAUCUAAACCCAUGGAAUAAAAAAGAAAUUGCCUUUUAAAAGCGUGGAAGUUUUACCACGCAAUUAUAAAAUCAACAUUAUACUCUUAAUACUUAAAUAUCUUUUAUCAAACAUCAUGUAAUGGAGAAGAUGUAUUUGCAUUAUUAUGGGGCAGUUCAUGGUUUGCAUUUAUGAUGAUGUACUUAUCAAAAAGUGAUGCUGUACAUGCCUGCUGUCUUUUGAGAGUUGGAGCGGACUUGUGUUAUGAACUGUGUGUUAAACACGUCUUGUUUUAAGAGUGUUAUUUAUUCACGACACUUUUUAUAUUUUCUUGAAUGUUAAAGAACAAUUAAUGCUCUUUAUCAUUGUACGCUGCAAUGCUUAAUCAACGCUGGCCUACGUGUUGGACUCAAUAGGAACAAUUAAAACUUUUGAACAAAAUGGACUUACGGUAUUGCCAUCAUAUUGACUUUGGGAACAACAUCGCCACAUCUUUAUGGACUCACAGAUGUAAAGGAGAACAGUGUACAGUACUGAGGAACUCGAAGCGACCUGCACUUUUCUGUGCGUCUGACCCUAAGCCUGGCAGCCGGAGGGCCAAGCAGAAAUCUUCAUGAAAUAUUCUUAAAUAUGUUCCAUGUUUGUUUGCCUUUUAAGGAUUUAUUAUAUGUAAUCGUCUAGCUUAGAUUGAACUAGACAACAGUCUGUACUAUUUUUGUAUUGGAUAAAACCAUUUUAAACUACUGACGGAGUAUAGCUGGUGAAAUCUGGCCAUAUGAUGGUUUUGGGUUGCAGUAUAAUAAGCGAGAGUGACUGUAUGUUUCUCAAAUGUGUCACAACCUUAGUGAGAAAAAUUAAACAAUUCUGUUUAACAGUUUACUCUUGUUUAACAGGCUUCUCUCUUUCAGUUUACUUUAAUAUACAAAUUGCAUUACAACUACUAUAUAUUUCUUCAAGGUUAAAUAGAUUUAAGUACAUGGCGGUGAUAUAUAUCGUGUUCAGCAGGAUAAAUAC